GCUGUGAAGAUUUGAAUUUGCCAAUGAGUGUUCUUAUCAUUGAAGCGUUCUAUGGAGGCUCCCACAAACAGCUGGUAGAUCUGCUCCUGGAAGAGUUACCAGACUGUGUCCUCUACACCCUUCCUGCCAAGAAAUGGCAUUGGAGAGCAAGGACAUCAGCUUUAUACUUCUCUCAGAAUGUUCCCAUCAGUGAACAUUACAGGAUCCUUUUUGCAAGCUCAGUGCUUAACCUGACGGAACUGGUUGCCCUUCGGCCUGACCUUGGAAAAUUGAGAAAGAUUCUGUAUUUCCAUGAGAACCAAUUGGUAUACCCUGUCAAGAAAUGUAAGGAGAGGGAUUUCCAGUAUGGAUACAACCAGAUUCUUUCAUGCCUCGUGGCUGAUGUGGUGGUGUUCAACUCAGUGUUUAAUAUGGAGUCAUUUCUGAAUUCCAUUGGAAGAUUUAUGAAGCUGAUUCCUGACCACAGACCCAGGGAUCUGGAAGGCAUCAUUAGGCCCAAGUGCCAGGUUAUUUACUUUCCCACCAGGUUUCCUGAUGUGAGCAGCCCCCUGGAAAUACACCUGAUAAACCAGCAAAAGGUGGCCCAAGUACUUUGGCCUAUGCACUCACAUGUGAGUGCUGGAAGAAGCUACAAACUCUGGGCUCCAGGCAUGACCAAGCCCCAGCUAUUGGGGCUUUUCAGAUUCAUGCCCAAGCACAAAAGAGCCCAUCUGCAGAAGAUGCUCAGCCUUAAAGAAAAUGGUGAUACCCCUCCAUCCAUGGGCCCUCGUUUCCAGAGACAGCCAAGAGAGUCUGGGAAUACACAGAAGAAUGUAAAAUCACAGGAUGAUGUACAGCCUGGCCUGCAGGUUGCACAAGAGGAAAUGCUAGGUAACUCAUUGGUGCAGGAGACAGGCUUGGCAAAGUCCAACUCAUCAGCUACUUCAAGCUCUCAUCUUGGAGAAACUAUGCGAAAUCUGACUCUUACUCCCUGUCUCAUUUUGGGUGAAGUUGAUGACCAACAAAGACCAUUGCACAUUGUCUGGCCUCAUAGGUGGGAGCACGAUAAAGAUCCAGAGAGUUUUUUUAAAGUAUUAAUGCAUCUUAAGGAUUUAGAACUGAAUUUCCACGUUUCUGUCCUUGGAGAAACAUACACAGAUGUCCCAGAUAUAUUUUCAGAGGCCAAAAAGGCACUGGGAUCUUCCGUCUUACACUGGGGCUACUUACCCAGCAAAGAGGACUAUUUCCAAGCACUGUGCAUGGCUGAUGUUGUCAUCUCAACAGCUAAGCAUGAAUUCUUUGGAGUGGCAAUGUAAGUUCUUUCUGUUUGUGGAACAAGGUAAUGCAGUCUCUAAUCAGUCUUCAUGUGUGCAUUUACUAACAAUGAAUGUCAAAUUAUACAUCCUCAUGCCGUGAUCAAAGGAAUGUAAUGGAUUAUCACUUUACCUCGUCAGUACUACAUAUGUGGAUGAUUGUUAGGCUUGUCCAAUGAGCCUAUUUCAUUUCCCCCUGCCCCUCCAUACAAUCUUGGAAAGGUAUAAGGGCCAACCUUUGUGAUACCUUCUCUCAAAAGCCAGAAUUCAACUUUCUGUUGUGGGUCUGUGAGUCCAAACUUUUGAUCAGAUCCUCCUCCUCCUUGACAUACUGUGCAGAUUUUUACAACUCCCCCAAAGAUCACCUGCCUCUUAAGAGAAAUCCUGAGACUAAUGUGAUUCUGGGAAAAAAAAAAAAAAAAAGAAUGAUGUGUUGUGCACAUCAGUGGUCUGUAAUGUCCUCCCUCUCAUCCUGAAG